AGGCGGCGCCAGCGAUCAGAACAGCGCUGGGUGUUCAGGGGCCAAGAUGGCGGCGCGCCGGGGACGGAGAGACGGAGUCGCGCCGCCCCCGAGUGGGGGCCCCGGUCCGGACCCUGGCGGGGGAGCCCGCGGCAGUGGUUGGGGAAGUCGAAGCCAAGCGCCGUAUGGGACUUUGGGCGCUGUGAGCGGCGGCGAGCAGGUGAGAGGUUGGCUGGCGGCCCGCGACAGGCAGCAAAGCGGUGUGUGCCGGGCGGUGACACGUGGACGCCACAGGAAAGGGAGGAAGCGCCUGAGAGUCGAUGCCGGGUGGCCGCGGGAGCCGGGCCGGAGCAAGUGGGCCCUAGGCCGUUUGCUGGGGGUGCUGCUGCAUGAGGAGGGGGGUGAUUCUGGCUUUGUCAGUCUCUCUCGGCUGGGCCCAUCUCUGAGGGACAAGGACCUGGAAAUGGAGGAGCUAAUGCUGCAGGAUGAGACACUGCUGGGGACCAUGCAGAGCUACAUGGAUGCCUCCCUUAUCUCCCUCAUCGAGGAUUUUGGGAGCCUUGGAGAGAGCAGGUUAUCUCUGGAGGACCAGAAUGAAGUGUCGCUGCUCACGGCUCUGACGGAGAUCUUGGACAAUGCAGAUUCUGAGAACCUUUCUCCAUUUGACAGCAUUCCUGAUUCGGAGCUGCUUGUGUCACCCCGGGAGGGCUCCUCUCUGCACAAGCUGCUUACUCUCUCUCGGACACCCCCAGAACGUGACCUCAUCACCCCAGUUGACCCACUGGGGCCCAGUACAGGCAGCAGUAGAGGGAGUGGGGUUGAAAUGUCUCUUCCAGAUCCCUCUUGGGACUUCUCCCCACCCUCUUUCUUAGAGACCUCUUCCCCCAAGCUUCCUAGCUGGAGACCCCCAAGAUCAAGACCACGCUGGGGCCAAUCCCCACCUCCCCAGCAGCGCAGUGAUGGAGAAGAAGAGGAGGAGGUGGCCAGCUUCAGUGGCCAGAUUCUUGCCGGGGAGCUUGACAACUGUGUGAGCAGUAUCCCGGACUUCCCCAUGCAUUUGGCCUGCCCUGAGGAGGAAGAUAAAGCAACAGCAGCAGAGAUGGCAGUGCCAGCAGCUGGCGAUGAGAGCAUCUCCUCCCUGAGUGAGCUGGUGCGGGCCAUGCACCCAUACUGCCUGCCCAACCUCACCCACCUGGCAUCACUUGAGGAUGAGCUUCAGGAGCAGCCAGAUGAUUUGACACUGCCUGAGGGCUGCGUAGUGCUGGAGAUUGUGGGGCAGGCAGCCACAGCUGGUGAUGACCUGGAGAUCCCAGUUGUGGUGCGACAGGUCUCUCCUGGACCCCGGCCUGUGCUCCUGGAUGACUCGCUAGAGACUAGUUCUGCCUUGCAGCUGCUUAUGCCUACACUGGAGUCAGAGACGGAGGCUGCUGUGCCCAAGGUAACCCUCUGCUCUGAGAAAGAGGGGUUGUCAUUGAACUCAGAGGAGAAGCUGGACUCAGCCUGCUUAUUGAAGCCCAGGGAGGUCGUGGAGCCGGUGGUGCCCAAGGAGCCUCAGAACCCACCUGCCAAUGCAGCACCAGGUUCCCAGAGAGCUCGAAAGGGCAGGAAGAAGAAGAGCAAGGAGCAGCCAGCAGCCUGUGUGGAAGGCUAUGCCAGGAGGCUGAGGUCAUCUUCUCGCGGGCAGUCUACUGUAGGUACAGAAGUGACCUCUCAGGUAGACAACUUGCAGAAACAGCCUCAGGAAGAACUUCAAAAAGAGUCUGGGCCUCUCCAGGGUAAGGGGAAGCCCCGGGCUUGGGCUCGGGCCUGGGCAGCUGCCUUGGAGAAUUCUAGCCCUAAGAACUUGGAGAGAAGUGCUGGACAAAGUAGUCCUGCUAAAGAAGGCCCUCUAGACCUCUACCCAAAGCUGGCUGACACUAUCCAAACCAAUCCUAUACCAACCCAUCUCUCAUUGGUCGACUGUGCCCACGCCAGCCCCAUGCCAGUUGACUCUGUUGAAGCUGAUCCCACUGCAGUUGGCCCUGUUCUAGCUGGCCCUGUACCUGUUGACCCUGGGUUGGUUGACCUUGCUUCAACCAGCUCAGAACUGGUUGAGCCUCUCCCGGCUGAGCCAGUGCUGAUCAACCCAGUCCUGGCUGACUCAGCAGCAGUUGACCCUGCAGUGGUUCCCAUCUCAGAUAACUUGCCACCAGUUGAUGCUGUCCCGUCUGGCCCAGCACCAGUUGAUCUAGCACUAGUUGACCCUGUUCCUAAUGACCUGACUCCAGUUGACCCAGUGCUAGUUAAGUCCAGACCAACUGAUCCCAGACGUGGUGCAGUGUCAUCAGCCCUGGGGGGUUCAGCACCCCAGCUCCUCGUGGAGUCAGAGUCCUUGGACCCACCAAAGACCAUCAUCCCUGAAGUCAAAGAGGUUGUGGAUUCUCUGAAAAUUGAAAGUGGUACCAGUGCUAUAACCCAUGAAGCCAGACCUCGGCCUCUCAGCUUAUCUGAGUACCGGCGACGAAGGCAGCAACGCCAAGCAGAAACAGAAGAGAGAAGUCCACAGCCCCCAACUGGGAAGUGGCCUAGCCUUCCAGAGACUCCCACAGGGUUGGCAGACAUCCCUUGUCUUGUCAUCCCACCAGCCCCAGCCAAGAAGACAGCUCUGCAGAGAAGCCCUGAAACACCCCUUGAGAUUUGCUAUGUGCCUAUAGGUCCCAGCCCUGCUUCUCCUAGUCCUGAGCCACCUGUAAGCAAACCUGUGGCCUCAUCUCCCACUGAGCAGGUGCCAUCCCAGGAGAUGCCACUGUUGGCGAGACCUUCCCCUCCUGUGCAGUCUGUGUCCCCUGUUGUGCCCACACCUCCCUUGAUGUCUGCUGCCCUGCCUUUCCCUGCAGGUGGGCUUGGCAUGCCCCCCAGUCUGCCCCCACCUCCCUUGCAGCCUCCUAGUCUUCCAUUGUCUAUGGGGCCAGUACUACCUGAUCCGUUUACUCACUAUGCCCCCGUGCCACCCUGGCCUUGUUAUCCUCAUGUGUCCCCUUCUGGCUAUCCUUGCCUGCCCCCCCCACCAACGGUGCCCCUAGUGUCUGGUACUCCUGGUGCCUAUGCCGUGCCUCCCACUUGCAGUGUGCCUUGGGCACCCCCUCCUGCCCCAGUCUCACCUUACAGUUCCACAUGUACCUAUGGGCCCUUGGGAUGGGGCCCAGGGCCUCAACAUGCUCCAUUCUGGUCUACUGUUCCCCCACCUCCUUUGCCUCCAGCCUCCAUUGGGAGAGCUGUUCCCCAACCUAAGAUGGAGUCUAGGGGCACUCCAGCUGGCCCUCCUGAAAAUGUACUUCCCUUGUCGAUGGCUCCUCCCCUCAGUCUUGGGCUACCUGGCCAUGGAGCUCCUCAGACAGAGCCUACCAAUGUGGAGGUCAAGCCAGUGCCUGCAUCUCCCCAUCCGAAACACAAGUUGUCUGCCCUGGUGCAAAGUUCCCAGAUGAAGGCUCCAGCAUGUGUGUCUGCUGAAGGUGUGACUGUUGAGGAGCCUGCAUCAGAGAGGCCAAAGCCUGAGACCCAAGAGACCAGGCCCAGGGAGAAGCCCCCCUUGCCUGCUACCAAGGCUGUUCCCACACCAAGGCAGAGCACUGUCCCCAAGCUGCCUGCUGUCCACCCAGCCCGUCUAAGGAAGCUGUCCUUCCUGCCUACCCCACGUACUCAGGGUUCUGAAGAUGUGGUACAGGCUUUCAUCAGUGAGAUUGGAAUUGAGGCAUCGGACCUGUCCAGUCUGCUGGAGCAGUUUGAGAAAUCAGAAGCCAAAAAGGAGUGUCCUCCUCCGGCUCCUGCUGACAGCUUGGCUGUAGGAAACUCAGGCGGCGUUGACAUUCCCCAGGAGAAGAGGCCCCUAGACCGGUUACAAGCCCCAGAACUGGCCAACGUGGCAGGGCUCACCCCUCCAGCUACCCCUCCCCACCAGUUAUGGAAGCCCCUGGCUGCUGUCUCACUGCUGGCCAAAGCCAAAUCUCCUAAGUCCACCGCCCAGGAGGGAACCCUGAAGCCUGAAGGAGUUACGGAGGCCAAACAUCCAGCUGCAGUUCGCCUCCAAGAAGGGGUCCAUGGCCCUAGUCGAGUCCAUGUGGGCUCUGGGGACCAUGACUAUUGUGUCCGGAGCAGGACUCCCCCAAAAAAGAUGCCUGCCCUAGUCAUUCCAGAGGUGGGCUCCCGAUGGAAUGUCAAGCGCCAUCAGGACAUCACCAUCAAACCUGUCUUGUCCUUGGGCCCAGCUGCCCCUCCGCCCCCAUGCAUAGCUGCCUCCCGGGAGCCGCUUGAUCACAGGACUAGCAGUGAGCAGGCAGAUCCCUCAGCACCCUGCCUUGCCCCAUCCAGCUUGCUGUCCCCUGAGGCCUCACCCUGCCGGAAUGACAUGAACACUAGGACUCCCCCUGAACCCUCAGCCAAGCAGCGGUCAAUGCGCUGUUACCGAAAAGCCUGCAGGUCAGCCAGCCCCUCAAGCCAGGGCUGGCAGGGCCGCCGAGGCCGCAACAGCCGUUCUGUCAGCUCUGGGUCCAACCGGACUAGUGAAGCAUCUUCCUCCUCAUCCUCAUCGUCGUCUUCCUCAUCCCGAUCUCGGUCCAGGUCCCUCUCCCCCCCACACAAGAGGUGGCGAAGGUCCAGCUGUAGUUCCUCUGGACGUUCUCGAAGAUGCUCUUCCUCUUCUUCGUCAUCAUCUUCCUCUUCGUCUUCCUCAUCCUCAUCAUCCAGUUCUCGAAGCCGCUCACGAUCCCCAUCCCCCCGCCGGAGAAGUGACAGGAGGCGGCGGUACAGCUCUUAUCGUUCACAUGACCAUUACCAAAGGCAAAGAGUGCUACAAAAGGAGCGUGCAAUAGAAGAAAGAAGGGUGGUCUUCAUUGGAAAGAUACCUGGCCGCAUGACUCGAUCAGAGCUGAAACAGAGGUUCUCCGUUUUUGGAGAGAUUGAGGAGUGCACCAUCCACUUCCGUGUCCAAGGGGACAACUACGGCUUCGUCACUUAUCGCUAUGCUGAGGAGGCAUUUGCAGCCAUUGAGAGUGGCCACAAGCUGCGGCAGGCAGAUGAGCAGCCCUUUGAUCUCUGCUUUGGGGGCCGAAGGCAGUUCUGCAAGAGGAGCUAUUCUGAUCUUGACUCCAACCGGGAAGACUUUGACCCAGCACCUGUAAAGAGCAAAUUUGAUUCUCUUGACUUUGACACAUUGUUGAAACAGGCCCAGAAGAACCUCAGGAGGUAACCUUGGGCCCUUCCCUGCUAUCCUUUUUCUCCUUUGGAGGUGCCCAACCUCCUCCACCCCCUUCCCCUACUCUAGGGGAGAGAGCUGCUAGUGAGAUGACUGUUUUAUAAAGAAAUGGAAAAAAGUGAAAUAAAAAAUAUGUUGAAUCAGA